AUGUCGAAGGAUCAAAGCACUGAUGGGAGCCCUCCGAAUCCCAGUGACAAUCACUACGACUCCACUAAUCUCCCUCUGAGAGAUGUUGUUAAGUUAUACAAGAAGGCCAUUCUCUGGUCACUCGCAAUAUCUCUUGCACCUAUUAUGGAGGGCUACGAUGUUGUCCUCUUGGGGAGUUUCUUUGGACUGGGUACUUUUGCGGAAAGGUAUGGAGAUACUGAAAACGGGAUCAAAGCGAUAUCGGCGGCUUGGCAAUCUGGUAUCAAUUGUGGGGGACUAGUCGGUUGUAUUACUGGGCUUUAUUUCAAUAGUUUGAUCGCCGAACGAAUCGGUUACAAAGCGACUCUUGUCGGCUCAUUAUUAUUGAUGUGUUGUUUCAUCUCGUUGACCUUUUUUGCGCAAAAUAUCGCCACUAUCGAGGCCGGUGCUAUUCUGAUUGGAAUUCCUUGGGGCGUGUUCCAGAUUCUUCCACUCACUUAUAUCGCAGAGGUCAUCCCUGUACGGCUGCGAGGCUAUAUGACCACUUUCAUCAAUCUUUGUUUUGUCACAGGCCAAUUGAUCGGAUCAGGAGUGGUAAAGGCCUUUUCUACGCGAACAGAUGAGUGGUCUUAUCGUUUACCGCUCGCUAUUCAAUGGGCUUGGCCGCUUCCCAUUAUGGUUUUCACACUGUUCGCACCGAACUCACCUUGGUGUUUGGUGCGCCGUGGGAGGAUUGAAGAUGCGAAGAAGUCCUUGCAGAGGCUAACAUCUUCGACAUGCGGCGUUCCAAUUGAUAUCGACCACGAAAUUUCAAUGAUACAAGCUACCAACGAGCAGGAAAUGUACUCGAACACAGGGACAGGCUAUAUGGACUGCUUCAAGGGGGUUAAUCUUCGUCGAACUGAAAUUGUCUCAGUCGCAUGGCUAGCCCAGACCUUUUGCGGAUUCGGCUUAGUUUCAUACUCUGUCGUGUUCUUGGAACGUGCGGGACUGAACCAAUCAAACAGUUUUUCUUUCACCAUAGGCGUGUCUGGACUUGGCUGGAUCGGCACUGUCGGAUCAUGGUACCUGCUAGAUCAUUUUGGGCGACGAACCCUGUAUCUUGCGGGAUUGACUGGAAUGUUUAUAAUUCUGACCGUGAUAGGUGCAUUGGGUGCCAGUACACAAUCGACCAGCGUAAGCUGGGCUAUUGGGUGUCUCUUGCUAAUCUUAGCUCUGGUAUACGAUGUCACAAUCGGGCCUGUAUGCUUUGCAAUUGUAUCAGAAGUACCAUCAACUCGUUUGAAGAUCAAAUCUUUGGCAAUUGCUCGCAAUACCUACAAUACGGGUUUCAUCAUUACCAAUAUAUUGGUUCCCCACAUGCUUAGCGCUGGAUCGUGGAACUGGGGCGCCAAGUGCGGAUUUUUCUGGGCAGGAAUAUGCGCACUACUGUUCAUUUGGACAUUUCUACGGCUCCCUGAAACUGCCGGAAGGACCUUUGCCGAGAUAGAUGCCCUGUUUGAGCAUCAUAUUCCGGCGAGAAAGUUUUCAACAACAGAUACAAGUCAGUUCUCAUUAGAGCUGCACGAUACUAAAAAACCACUCGAUGAAUUGGAAGAGCGUGUAGAGUACGUUUGA